AUGUCCGCACGCCUCAUCCUCCUCCUCGCUGGUCUAUCGACCGUUGUUACACCUUCGUUUGCGCAACUCCCCUACAAUCCCACCUGGAUCCUACCCGCGACAGAUGGCUCCGUUGCCUACCUUUUCUCUUCGGAGAACUCGUCCACACAGUUCUCAUUGCACACGGUAGACCUGUCGGAUAGACUCAACUCUAGUUCGACUAAGACCGAGUUGUUCACCAGCCUGCCGUUCCUUUCCGAAACGACCUCAAAGGCGUUUAUACCAGUGUUAAGUGAGGAUAACAUCUCAGUAUUGGCUGGUAAUUGCAGAAACAGUACAGCGGAUGUUGAAUUUUGGAGACUGGCGUUGGACAAUGGCACAAGCAACGGCAGCUGGUCAAAGUUGUCACUUUCCACGAGCGAUACAUCGCUGGAUUCCAAUUACCUCUCUGCUGGGUUUGCGUUCUCUCCGACCGACUCCAGUGAUGAUCUGGCACUCUACAUUUUUGGUGGCAUGUGUCCCAAUGUCUCCUCGCCUGAUGCAGCAGAUUGGCAGUUGGAUGCCACCUACUCGAAUACCAUGUUGACCCUGGCCGAGGCAUCUACUAGCUCUCAAUAUCAACUGUCCUUGACUGGAGCGAGGGCCCCUCCUGUCGCCGAAGCGGGCUUGACUGUCACACCCCUGACACCCACCUUUUCCAACACCUCUCAGACGAGUGUAUCGCAGCAGCAAAACUUCGUCCUGCUUGGUGGCCAUACUCAAACCGCUUUCAUUAAUAUGUCCCAGCUUGCCAUAUUCUCUCUCCCGCAACAGUCCUGGGCUUUUGUUGGGGUGCAGCAACCGUCUAGUUCUAGCAAGAGAAAGCUGAAGGCAAGAGACUCGACGACGGUUGAGCCCCGAUCAGGUCACACCGCGGUCUUGACCGAAGACGGAGCCAGGAUCAUCGUUCUUGGCGGGUGGGUGGGAGACACAUCGACUCCCGCGACGCCUCAACUCGUGAUUUUGGAAGUCGGUCAGGGCUAUGGUGGAGAUAGUGAUUGGACCUGGACGGUGCCUUCCUCGACAUCGAGUCCAUUCUCUUCAGAAACGGGCAUCUACGGCCACGGAGCUGCCUUGUUGCCGGGCGGAGUUAUGAUGGUCUCCGGGGGCUAUUCCAUGACCUUAAGUGGCUCCAAGAGGAAACGUGACGUUUCCGACGAUGUCUAUUUCCUAAACACGACGACACUCGAAUGGUCUGACAGCUACACCAACCCCAACUCCGCGGGGUCUACGACUGCCUCUACGAAUUCAGACACGUCCUCCACAGGACUUAAGUCUGCCGAGAAAGCUGGCCUGGGUGCCGGGCUCGGGCUCGGCCUGGCAGCAGCAGGAGGGGUGGCUAUCGUUUGGCUAUUGUAUGCCCGGAAACUCCGAAUGAAACGAGCUGCCCGUGAGAGGGUACUCCGGGAACAAGCUCUCGGCAGUCGUCAACACUCGCCAGGUCCGACUGGACAAGACGACGCCAAGAUGACCGGAGCACGCUCACCAAGCUGGAAUGCCAUGCAAGAACGGCAGAUUGAGGGAUCUGGAGACCCCUUCCCCUGGGCUCCGAUCGUGGCACCAGGUGAGACAGCAAGGCUUCACCAUGAUGACGGCAUUUAUUCCCGAUAUGCGGAGCGCACGGGAGUCAUGAUGGAGAUACCUAGCCCGACACGCGGCUUACGGAAGAAUCUUAGUGGCAGGAGUACUGGAAGCCAUGGCCCUUUCAACCAGCACCCGCCUGCAGGAGUUCCUGGCCCCGUGUUUAGAAUUGAUGAAGAGGACGAGAGCAGCCGAGCCGGAGACACCAGCUCGGUCAAGAGCAACCCAUUCAAAGAUCCACCAUCGAUGACGGAAGAUGCUGCAGCACAGCGCAAGAAGGAGGUCGAGGGCUGGGUCGAUGACUGGCAAUCGGCGGCUGAGUCCAUGAGCCUGUCGCGGAGCACAAGCCAGGCAUACAGCAGGACAUACUCGAAUGUUUCCCAAUUUCGACCUCCAACGGUGGGCGAUGUGACAGGGCGAGGGUCGCCGGAAAAGUCGGACCGUACAGGCAGUAAUCUCUCUGAGAGCAGCGCAAUUACGAGUACAUCAUUCCAGCGAUCGAUGGCUGGCACAAUAUCGCGCAAUGUGUCGCAAAGGAGUAUCAGCGCUGUUCCGUAUGCACUCUUCGCAGGAGCCGCAGCUGCUAUGGGCAGGGUUGGGAAUGGUCGACAAGGCCCAGUCAAGCCGCAAAACAAUGGUGGGCUUGCACGAGCGCCCACGAACCGGAGUAUAUCACUAAACACAGAUUCUGCCGGUCACACUAAUGCCAAUGAUCGAGCAGACCAGUAUGCGUUUGCUCGAGGGAACCCUUGGGGUUCUGUAGCACCAGGCGAAGACCAGGCUCUCCUGAACAGAGGUCAUGACCGCUACUACAAGACAGUGCCCGAAAACAACAAAUAUACUCGAGCGGGUAGUUUGACCAGCUCCAGCCGACGGGCAAUGGAUCUGUUUGGCAGCGUGAAGCGGGUGUUCACAGGGACCGGCAACGUUGAUGUACACGACCGCGUUGCUGCCUUGGAGACUACAAGUGGUUCACCAAGCCCCAGGAAGCAGCCCGAUAUGUCUGAGGUGGGCAGGUCAAUGAGCGCAGGAGACGCCUUUUGGCGCGGUAAACGAGGCGCAAAGGACUGGGAUGACGACUCACCAGGUCGUACCAAUCCUAGGCCGAUGUCAAUUGCAAGGAAACCUGUUCCCGGCCUGAUGUUAAACGACAAUGACGGGUUGAAUGAGGAUGAAGACUGGGACGUCGAAAAUGCUGUACAAAACCGAGUGGUCCAGGUCAUGUUCACAGUACCAAAGGAAAGGUUGAGGGUCGUCAAUGCAGACGCGCUCAGUGUGAUAAGUAGUAACCGCAGUGAAGCGGACCACGAGGAAGACAAAGAACGGGAACAAAUCAAAAGGAUGAGCAGCGUGCGGGAAGGGGAUGAUGAUUAUGAUCUUGAUGACAAUACUAUCAGAGGGAAGGGCAGAGAUCGGGCGUAUUAG